GACUCGAACCGCAUUAUUAUUGCUCCAUAGGAGUCAAACGCCGCCGCCCAAAGACUCACUCCGGACGAUUUCAAGAGGAUGUGAACCCACAUCUCUCUGUUUUCUAUCCUGCCUAAUAUCUCACCUUGUCUCUUCCUGAGACAAGCGCCUCGUGGCUAUCAUCAUGCCAGUGCAGUACACUCUUUUGGGGCGGCCCAUCCGGCUGCAUAUGCCUCCACGACGAUUCCAAUUCCUCCUGGCUGUCCUCUUUCUCCUUACCACGACGCUCUUUUUAUUUGGACCUCCGACUUCCGCCGAUUUGCCUAGCUAUGACCAGGUCGCUGAUGCCGUUAAGCAUCCGAAGAUGCCUAGUCUGGAGAACCUACCUUCGCUCGAGGACCUCCCCUCCCCUCCAAGACCUUUCGGUCCUCCCGUCCAUAAGCCGCCAGUGCAGCCGGAUAGCAAUAGCACGAGCUCAUAUGGGCUGAUCCAAUGGUUCCGCAACUACAAGUGGCACAUCCCCUUCUCGUCUGCAGUGACAUUCGAUGAAAACACCGCCGUCCUCCCUCCGCUGAACGAGAGACCUCCUAUCUACACAUAUUAUGAAGCACGCGACAAGCAGAGCAAGGAGGUGACCGAGGCGGAGAAUAGAUUGGUCCUGGCCUGGCGGAGAGCAUGGUGGGCACAGGGGUUUAAGCCGCAUGUCUUAUCCAGAGACGAAGCUAAGCAGCACCCGCUAUACCAGAUGGUACAGCGUCUGAAACUGGAGAAGGUGGAUCCCGAAGUCGAGGUCGAGAUUAUGCGGUGGCUUGCAUGGGGCCAUAUGCAAGGCGGCAUUCUCGCGAACUGGCUCGCUCUGCCCAUGGCCGAGUACGAUAAUCCUAUGCUGGGCCUUCUGCGUAGGAAGCAGUACCCCCAGUUGUCGCGCAUUGACGGCCUUGAGAAUGGCAUAUUCUUCGGCGAAGCGGGUGCGGUCGACGCCGCCAUCAAGAAGGCUAUAGAGAACCCUCUGUUCACGAACGUCACGCAGAACCAUGACAAGAUCGUCGAUCUGAAGAAAGGUGCGGGAGCAAUGGCCAAUCUACUGGGAAAGGACAUCAAGGCGGAGUCAAAAUCUAAUGGCAUCGCCUACUAUUCUGCAGCCACCUUGGCUAAUGUCUAUAAAUCCGUCGCCGACAAGUUUACGAACACCACCCAGUUGGAGGGACUGGACCUCCUUGCAAAUCUCAUCAACUCGCACCUGCACCUCACCUUCCAGAAUAUCUUCUCUGAGGGGAUCGCAGUCAUCAAGCCGCUCCCAGAGCAUACCACGGCCCUGAUGUACGAAGUCAUUGAUAUCGCACGCAACCUGACACAGUGCCCUACCUCGCCAGUGCCAAAGUCCUGUCCCCCGAAUCGGUCAAAAUGUACGCCGUGCAACCCUGCGAAACCAAUGAAAUUGGAACUCCAUAUAGCUCUCAAGGAUACUACGAAGCAGUAUCAAAUUGGCACUGUACCGCACCCCUAUACGCUGGGCUUGCUCCAUUACACUCGCGACACGCUUGACGCCAACUUCCUGCACAGCACAGGCCGCGAUCAAUGGCUGGCCGCUCUCAUGGCAGACAUUCUCAAGGAGCACAGUUCUAGCGACCAGGUCGUGCGCUUCAAGGAAGUCGUGGCCUCGCCUCAGUCUGCCCCGACCUCGCUGUGGUUGACUGCAGAGCGCAUAUCCCAGGCGGACCUGGACUGGAUUUUCGGCUUCAACCUUCCACAAAUCGCUUCCCCCAAUAAGGACCCCAGCUCACCCAGUGAGGACUCAGAGCUUGUCAUCUUCCCCCGUCCCGACGAACCAGCGCCCAUAGAAGGCGUGCAGGAGCAGGACGCAGAGUUCAUCAAACAUGAGGAAGAACGGCUUCAGAAGGCUCGGGAUGCCAUCAAGAGCACCGAUAAGCAUUGGAAGGAGGUCAUCAACAUGGUCGAGCAGUGGAACCAGGCGGACGCGGAGGCAUGGAGAUUCGCGAGAGCGUUCUCUGCGAGGCGGAGGCAGGAGAGGAAGAAGUGGGAGGAGGAAGAGAAGAAGUUCACUGGCUCGGAACAAAAGUCUGGGGUGCAUACUGGCGGUGGAGGAGGGCGAUGGAUUGACAAGUUCUAAGAAAUUUGUUGUCAUUCAUACCAUUUUUUUCAAGCAUUUCUCGGCGUUGGGGUUGGAUACAGGUCAAUCAUUUAAUCCGAUUUUGGGUCUGAGGCAUACUCUAUGUGAAUACGCAUAAAACCAGCAGGAUGUGGAACAUGUCG